AUGUCGACAGUAUUUUCCAGAGCUUCCUCGUUUGCGGCAACCGACUUUGCCCCUCCAUCGAGACAAACGAACAGAACUGGUAGGCCGACUACCACCGCCACGAGCGUUGCAUCGCAGGACAUCGUCUGUGCUAUCAGCGAGUCCCGAGGGGUGUCAUCCACUGUUGGCCUAGCAUUCGUGAAUCUGUCAACUGCAGAAGCUGUUCUAUGUCAAAUAUGUGACAGCCAAACAUACGCCAAAACCAUUACCAAGAUCAGCGUGUUCGAGCCCACCGAGAUCCUCUUCAUGAAUACUGCGCGAGAGUCUAAACUUCUUCAUAUAAUCCAAACAAACAUUCCUGACACUACAUUCACCUUCCUGGAUCGCAAGUACUAUGCGGAGAAGUCUGGCCAUGAAUAUGUAGAGCGGCUGGGGUUUGCGGAAGACGUUGAUUCCAUCAAAGUUAGCCUGGGAGGAAACUACUUUGCUGCUUGUUGCUUUGCCGCGGUACUGAAGUAUGUCGAACUUGAGCUUAACAGAAUCUUCGCUUCCCAUUCUCUCCGCAUCCGUUUCGAGCCUUCGCAGGGGUCGAUGUCAAUUGACCUAUCCACGAUAAUCUCUCUGGAGCUGAUACAAAACCUUCACAAUGUUAAGUCAAAUGAGAGCCUUUUUGGUCUGUUGAACGAGACUCUCACACCGAUGGGGUCGCGGCUCCUGAGAGCCAAUAUCCUCCAACCAUCGACAGAAGCAACCAAAUUGACCGCGCGGUACGAGGCAGUUGAGGACUUAUCCACUAAGGAGGAAAUGUUCUUCUCUGUGCGACAAGGCGCGUCAUUCAUCAAUUCCUUGAAAGGGUUCGUGGAUGCAGACAAAGUCUUGACAUCUCUCAUUCUUGUCCCAAACAAACGUACAUUCCAAUACGUCGAACAAUCGGUCAACCACGUUAUAAUGCUCAAGACGUAUGUUUCUGCCAUAGAUUCAGUGUACAAAGCGCUCGCAGCGGCUCAAAGCAGCCUCCUCCUAACAAUCAGAGAUAUCUGCGCCCCAGCAGGACAUUGUACGGUCGAACAAUUGAUCGAGUCCACGCUGAAUGAGCAUGUCACAUAUCAAACCAAACCACUUGACCUUCGAAACCAACGGAUUUACUGUGUUAAGGUUAGCCGAAUCUACAGGGCCAUGAUCGCAGCUGAUGACGCCUAUCCUGAAACCCACGACUUAGGGCUUGAUCUGAAAUAUGAUCCCGCACGCCAGUAUUACAUCAGCCUCCCAGCUACGGAGAUGAGGGCUCUUCCAAACGUUUUUAUCAACGUUUAUCGCAAGAAGAACCGCAUCGAGUGCCAGACCCUCGACCUGGUCAAACUCAACCAGAAGAUCACUGACGCCCACAACGAAGUUAUCAGCCUUAGUGAUAAGACGAUCCAGGAGCUUAUCCAGAACGUUUGUGAAGAGAUAUCCAUUUUAUUCAAAGUAAGCGAGGCUAUCUCAAUGCUCGACAUGCUCGCUGCCUUCGCCCAGCUCGCCACAUCAAAUGACUACAUCCGGCCAGAACUAACCGACACUCUAGCCAUCAAGUCCGGUCGACACCCCAUCAAGGAGAAAAUCCAUACUAAGAAAUUCAUUCCAAAUGAUGCCUACGCUACAUACCAAACCCGCUUCCAGAUAAUUAUGGGCUGCAACAUGAGCGGCAAAUCAACCUACAUCCGCGCCCUCGCCCUGAUGACUAUCAUGGCCCAAAUCGGCUCCUUCGUCCCAGCAGAGUACGCCUCCUUCCCUAUAACCCACCAGCUCUUCGCGCGCGUCUCCACAGCCGACGACAUGGAAGCGAACGUCUCGACUUUCGCCGCCGAAAUGCGCGAGAUGGCGUUUAUCCUUCACAACAUUAACCCUCGGAGCAUGGUAAUCAUCGACGAACUCGGCCGUGGCACAUCCACAACAGACGGACUGGCCAUCGCUCUCGCCAUAGCAGAAGCCCUCGUCCAGUCCAACGCUCUUGUCUGGUUCGUCACGCACUUUCACGACCUAGCCACCAUCAUGGCCGAACGCACCGGGGUCGUCUCUUUGCAUCUAGCUUCCGAAAUCUCGCCCGACGCCUCCAAGAUGACAAUGUACUACAAGAUCACCGAAGGCCCGAACAAGACGCAAUUCUACGGUCUGGCCCUUGCCAAACUCGUCGAGCUCCCGCCCGCUGUCCUGGAAAUAGCACACAAUGUUUCGGAGGAACUUAACCGGCUCUCGCAACGGCGACACAGCCAGACGAAAGCUCUUGCUAUAGCUCGAAAACGGAAACUCAUUCUUUCGCUCCGUGAAGAGCUCAUCCAUGCACGGAAUGGGAAUAUGGAGGGCCAGACGCUGCGGAGAUUCCUGAAGCGCUUGCAGGAUGAGUUUGCGCUGCAUAUGGCAGCUGCUGAUGAGGACAUUGCGGUUUUCAGUCAGGAUGAGCACGACAUUGAGCUGGUUAAUGGGGGCCGUGCUGCAGAUAUGGGUGAUGAGAGCAUAGCUGGAACCAACGUCCAUGUAAAUCAAAACGAGGUGCAAUACGGAGAUUUAGGGCGAGCCGUGAAGGACGGAGCUAUUGACGGCAUGGAUGAACAUGGCCACGAGAGUCAGCUGCAUUGUGGAGGUCGUAGUGAGAGCAUUGUCAUGAGCGAUGAUAAUGACAAUGACAUUGACAUUGAUAUAGGGGAUGAAUGGAGCGAGCAUAGCUCGGAGCCGCAGCUUCUCGAUGGGUCCAUUUCGGAGACCUCACAGCCUCCUACAGCGUACUUGUCGACUUCGGAGUGGCCGCCUACUGAGACGUCGUUGAGGGAGACGUUCGAGAGUGCUAAGAGAGACAUUUACAGACCUGAGAUAGGUGAAGAACUAAUGGAAGUGGAGGUUUAG